AUGGAACCCGGCCAGCACAACCCUCCAGUCGGACACCAGAUUGUCCACGUACGGGGAGACUCGGAGACAGACCUGGAGGCGCUGUUCAAUGCCGUCAUGAACCCCAAAAGUACCAUCUUGCCGCCCUCGGUGCCCAUGAGGAUGAGAAAGCUCCCAGACUCUUUCUUCAAACCUCCAGAACCAAAGUCACACUCCAGACAAGCCAGCACUGAUGCAGGGAGUGGUCCAUCCUUGACCCCCCACCAUGUGCGUGCCCACUCUUCCCCUGCCUCCCUGCAGCUCGGGGCUGUCUCCGCAGGCUCUCUGUCUGGGAUGGGCUCAGCAGGUGCCUCCCCUCAGCACCUUCGUCAGUCCUCUUACGAGAUCCCCGAUGAUGUGCCCCUGCCUCCUGGCUGGGAGAUGUCCAAAACACCCUCAGGACAGAGAUACUUCCUCAAUCAUAUUGAACAAACGACCACUUGGCAGGACCCACGUAAGGCCCUGCUCCAGCUGAACCAGCCUGCCCCGGUCAGCGCCGUGCCGGUGCAGCAGCAAACCCUCAUGAACCCAGCCACUGGUCCUCUUCCUGACGGUUGGGAACAGUCUCUUACGUCUGAGGGAGAGAUCUACUACAUUAACCACAAAAACAAGACCACCUCCUGGCUGGACCCAAGACUCGACUCUCGUUUUGGUCUGAACCAACAAAGGAUCUCGCAGAGCGCCCCCGUGAAGCCCACCGGCCCUCUCCCGCCUCACAGUGCCGUGAUGGGAGGCAACAACCAGAUGAGGCUGCAGCAGAUCGAGAAGGAACGACUCCGACUGAAGCAACAAGAGCUGCUCCGACAGAGGCCCCAGGAACUGGCUUUACGAAAUCAACUCCCCAUGGAUCAAGAUGGCGGCACUAACCCUGUGUCUUCCCCAAUGGCCCAGGACACCAGGACCAUGACGGCCAACAGCUCUGACCCAUUCCUCAACAGUGGGACCUACCACUCCAGAGACGAAAGCACGGACAGCGGCCUCAGUAUGAGCAGCUACAGCGUGCCGCGCACUCCAGAUGACUUCCUCAACAGUGUAGACGAGAUGGACACAGGAGAACCUCAGCAGACGUCCAUGGCCACGCAGCCCAGCCGUUUCCCCGACUACCUGGACGCCAUCCCGGGCACCGACGUGGACCUGGGCACCCUGGAGAGCGAGAGCAUGGCUGUGGAGGGCGAGGAGCUGAUGCCCAGUCUGCAGGAGGCCCUGAGCUCUGACAUAUUCAACGACAUGGAGUCCGUUCUGACGGCAAAGAUCGACAAAGAGAGCUUCCUCACAUGGUUAUAA